UUAUUAUUAAAUUGUCAAACUAAAAACAACGGGUUUUUUCUUACUUCAACAUAAUAAAGUUCCCUCUAUUUUUGACAUUUCGGUUUAACAUUUUUUUUGUGGAGAACACACAAGUUUUGCAGAAGUUUUUACAUAAUAUUCUUCUAAGAAAUUUGGGGCCCAUUCAAAAUGUCGCUAACACAAAUUGCCCGUAAUUGUGCCCGUUUGGCAAGAGCCGCAAAUGGAAUCCGUGUAAUCACUGCCCAACCACAGAUGCGUUUAUUGCACAGAAUUGCCAUGCCAGCCAUGUGCAAUGGUGUUACACAAAACAUUUUGAAAGCACGUACUGCUAAUGUGCAAGUACGCUGCUAUUCGGACAAAUUGUCUAUGGAAGAUAUUAAAGAUCGUGUCUUGAAAGUAGUGUCUGCCUACGAUAAAGGGAGCAAUAACUGGCAAUGGCAAGCUGCACGCAAAUACUCUGCAAAACCUCCACUAUCACUGAAAUUGAUCAAUGAGCGUGUAUUGCUCGUCUUGAAAUUGUAUGACAAGAUUGACCCAAGCAAGCUCCGUGUUGAAUCACACUUCAUUAAUGAUUUGGGACUCGAUUCCCUCGAUCAUGUUGAAGUUAUUAUGGCCAUGGAAGAUGAAUUCGGUUUUGAAAUUCCCGAUUCAGAUGCCGAAAAAUUGUUGAGACCAGCCGAUAUUAUUAAAUAUGUCGCUGACAAAGAAGAUGUUUAUGAAUAAAUGUGUUUUUUGUAAAACAAACAAACAUUAAAAUCAAUAAUAAGAAUAUACAUACAUAAUUUAAAAUAAAGAGGGCAAAUGUAAUUUGAGUCCAACAAAAGGACAUUGUACAUUUAAUUCUAAUGUUAAACCAAAAAAAAAUAUAAGUAAAAUAAUUUAAAA